AUGAUCAUACCUAUUCGUUGCUUUACCUGUGGUAAAGUUAUCGGAAAUAAGUGGGAAGCGUAUUUGGGCUUGCUUCAAGCAGAAUACACAGAAGGUGAUGCUUUGGAUGCUCUCGGUUUGAAACGCUACUGCUGUCGUCGAAUGCUGUUGUCGCACGUCGACCUGAUCGAAAAAUUGCUGAAUUACCACCCGUUGGAAAAAUAA